GGUCUCCUUGGAACCUUUUCUUCUUCACCCUGGCCUUGGACACUUCCAGGGAUCCAGGGGCAGCCACAGCUUCUCUGGGAAAACCUUUUCCAGGGCCUCCUGAUUCUUCCCACAGUAAGAGGGAAAUCCUUUCUCCCGAAUACUCCGGGAUAUAAAACCAGGGCUGCUGUGGAGCAGAAAAUUUUGAAUUUUGUCCUGAAUGUGCCUCUUCUUCCCGGGAUUUGGGAUGGGAGCCAGCUGGGCAUCUCCAGCUCCAAAUGAUUUAUUGGGCUUCGUUCUCCAAGGAUUUCUCGCAGCUCCAGUGCCAGGAUCCCCCAAGGGGAAUUUUCCCGACCUGGAUGUGUCCAUGGGAAGCACCAGGGGAGGUUUAGGCUGGAUGGGUCCUGGCAUCUCCCAGGGGGGCUUUUGGGGUUAUUUUUCUGGAGUUUCCACAGCACUGGGAGCACUCAGGCUCUGGGGGCUGCAGGGGGGGAUUGGUAGGGGUGGUCUGGAAAGGCUGGUUGGAUGUUCUCCUGGGGAGGUUGGUGUGGAUGUUCUUCCAGAAAGGUUAGUGUGGAUGUUCUCCUGGGGAGGUUGGUUGGAUGUUCUCCAAAUGACGUUGGUUGGAUGUUCUCCCAGGAAGGUUGGUUGGAUGUUCUCACAAAAAGGUUGCUGUGGAUGUUCUCCCAGGAAGGUUGGUGUGGAUGUUCUCCUGGGGAGGUUGGUUGGAUGUUCUCCAAAGGAAGUUGGUGUGGAUUUUCUCCUGGGGAGGUUGGUUGGAUAUUCUCCUGGAAAGGCUGAUGUGGAUGUUCUCCCAGGAAGGUUGGUGUGGAUGUUCUCCUGGAAGGGUUGCUGUGGAUGUUCUCCCAGGGAGGUUGGUGUGGAUGUUCUCCUGGAAGGGUUGGUUGGAUGUUCUCCUGGAAAGGUUGCUGUGGAUGUUCUCCCAGGGAGGUUGGUGUGGAUGUUCUCCCAGGGAGGUUGGUGUGGAUGUUCUCCCAGGGAGGUUGGUGUGGAUGUUCUCCCAGGAAGGUUACUGUGGAUGUUCUCCCAGGGAGGUUGCCGUGGAUGUUCUCCCAGGAAGGUUACUGUGGAUGUUCUCCUGGAAAGGUUGCUGUGGAUGUUCUCCCAGGGCUGCCGCCGUGGAUUUUCUCCCAUGUUAACUCCCUCCAGAGCUGCAAACUCCAGAUGUUCCUCAUGCUCCUCAUGACCCCCCGUGACUCCCCAGCCCUUUAACCCUCUCUGCCCUCUCUGUCCCUCUGCUCUGCC